UCUCGAUUGAUUUACUAUAGCUUUGAAUUGCAGCGCACCGUGUGAGCGCGAACGCCGGGAACUGUUCAAAAGCAAAUAGCAUUCAACAGUUUGUGUACACUACCUAUUCACAGUAACUGAAAACCACCCACAUUCUCAUAAUUUCAACAGAUUAUCGUUUCAAUAAUAUAUUAUUACCAGAAUUCAUCAGUGUAUAAUGGGCUGUUCUACCACUGUUGUUAAAUACUUGGUGUUUUUCUUCAACUUGAUUUUUGCGGUUUCUGGUGCUACUUUGAUUGGAGUUGGCGUACUACUGAAAAUGAAGAAUAACGACAUACAAAACUUCAUUCCAGACAAGUAUCAUCUAGGAUUACCGCCGAUAUUGAUGAUUGCCAUAGGGUCUGUGAUAUUUUUCACAGCUUUCUUCGGAUGUUGUGGAGCAAUGAAAGAUAAUACAUGCAUGCUGACGACGUUUGCCAUCAUUCUACUCACUCUCUUGAUCGUUCAAGUUGCAAUAGGAGCUUAUGCAUUCCUCAUCAUUGGGGAUACACAAGAUUUGAGGUUAUCAGUGAGACAAGUAGUAGAAAAAUCCUACAACCAAUACAACGAAACACAAAUCGCCAAGGAGGAGUUCGACUUCCUGCAAGCGUUCCUCAAAUGUUGUGGUGUCGAUGGACCACGAGAUUGGAAAUGGCAGAAUGAAAGUGUUCCGAUUUCCUGCUGUGCUAGCCAGACCAACAAUUGUGGAAUAAAGUCUACUGACUGCUUCAGGAAAGGAUGUGCAGAGAGUUCAUAUGUAUGGUUCAAAAAUGGUCUGGAUCUUCUGGGAAUACUAGCAGUCGCUGUCGCCUCUAUCGAGAUUGUUGGUGCCAUAUUCGCUUUGUGCCUUUCCAGCUCUAUAAAGAACCAACUCCGUCGAGAGGCCUAUGCGUGAGGUCAACAACGAACAUGAAAUUCCAGUGACCUUAUCUCCACCAAUCAUGAUGUUCAGAUUAUUACACAUGAAAUCUAUAUUAUGCAAAAGUGUGAAGCUGAAACUCAUUCGCAUCGUGUUAUUUUCUCUAUUUGAUUAUUCAUCAAAACGAAGGAACAAAGAACUGUAAAGAUAUAUUUCCAUCUUUUUCAUCAGUACAUUUUGAAUUUGUGUGAAUAGGAACAUACGAAUAAGAAUUCUCGAAAUCAUGAUGUUGGUUCAUCAUAUAUUGCGUCCCCUUGACAAUUCACUCCUUUAUUGUACAGCGUUUAUAUACAAAUACUUACGUCCUGAAAUCACAUAAUAAAAUCACUGUUCACUGAAAUAUACCUAUACAUUUUAUUGAAUAACAGAAACAGCCCAGAUAGCACACACUCGCCUAAGGUCAUCCUCAAUGUGUCGCCAAACGCCUGGAGAGGACGUUCCAUUUUC